GUAGGUAGGUACCUAAAACACAAAUAAAAAAUCGCAAUACUCUCCGAAACUUCACCAUGAAGCAGACUUUCAACAUGAUCAUGCUCACAUCGACUAUACUUCUCUUACAAUUGCUCAUUAUUCAGAGUGAAAAGAUCGACGAACCAACACUAAAACCAGUCGAUCCAUUUUCAGCCAGCGGAGAUGCGGGAAUCUUGAAAAAAGAACUGAAGCAAGAUUUCAUCACAGAUCGAGAUAAAGUAGCCAAGCUUUGGUUCCGAAGAUCAUCCGAACAACGCAUACAAAUAAAAGAUUUCUACGAUAGUAAUUUUUGCCGGAUAAGUUGGCGCGGAUAUUAUUACACUUAUCGAUGCCCUUUGCUUUGGGGUCUCGAAGAUAUUUCUGAUGACAGCUUGUGUGAUCUCUACGACGAUUCGCUACUGGCACCUAGACAAUUAUUGGGCAAAACUGUCUACCAAGCGAUCAUAGGUAAAUGGAAGGAAGUAGGUGCCAUAGAAGAGAUUGUAUGCGGUAAUGAUGCAGACAUGAAAAAUGAAAUAAACAAGUUUUACGGUGAAGCAUAUAAAGACACGGUUGAAAAUCAUCUGGGAACAUUCCGAAAUGAUGAUCAUGAUUACCAAAAAGUUAUGAAAGAUUACUGUUGGAAAGGACUAUGCCAAGAUAAAAAAAUCAAACCAGAAGAUGCGGACAAGGAGGCACAAGCUCUGAAAGCCAUUGACCCUGAAAAAGAUAAAGACGGAUUCAAAAAGAAACUCACCGAAUUACUUGACAAGAACUGCGAACCAGAUCUGAAAAUGAUUUUUGAAAAAUAUCGUACAAACAAAGACUGCGGUAUCGGAGAAGCUGUUGACAAAGCCUUCGAGGUUAAAAGAGUAAAGAGAGCCUACAAUCGUUUAGUUAGAUACAUCGAAGAUACCUGUAGAUUUUACGCAGACGAGCUACAUGAAGCUGUAGAUGGAUGUGGAACUGAUACUGAUAGGAUAAAUCGUAUUGUUUUGACCAGAUGUGAAAGAGAUUUGGGAUGCAUUUUGAAAAAAUAUAAAGAAUUUCAUGACAAACGCUUUACCAAACGUUUAAUAGAGGAUACUGCCGCAGAAGGUCGUUACCGUUUAAGUAUCAGAUUACUAUGCGGAGAAAAUGAUUAAGCUAACAUUGCCACACCUAAACCCAAAAUAACAACUGUUAAUUUGACAGAAAAAAAUAUAUAUUUAGCUUGUAAUGAAUUUAAAAUUUGUCUUCUUUGUAGCAUGUAAACGGAUUAAAAUGCUCAUAAAAGUUGAAA